AUGGCUUGUACCGUCGCUUUGAGCUUGCGGGAGCCCGUCCUAGAAAUGGAAAAUCCCUCUCAUCCUUUCUUUGAGCCGUGGCGUGCUAGCCUCGUACUAUUGCGCAGAAUGGCCCUCGACCGAAUGUGGAGGUCCAAGGACUUCAUUUCCGACUGUGAGCAAGGCUAUCUUGGUGUGGACAAAGACCACCCUGAUCGUGCUAUCUAUAUCUAUCGUGAGUGUACUGGAAUUUUAAACCUGAACUGGGUCUCUAGCUAA